AUGACUGGUACCGAGCGGUUAACUGCUGGUCGAAAACGUGCGACCAGUUCAAUUUCAAGCAGUGAGAGACGAUUUUACGAUGACAAAACAAAGCCGCACAAUCCAUAUGGCAUCACCGUCUUGUGUGAACCAGUUAAUGUGGCUCCCACUGUGGAUAUUAUUUUUGUUCAUGGCCUAGCUGGCACGAGCAUGUAUACUUGGUCAAAGAAGGAUAGAUUUGAUAGACUCGCUCGAUUCUGGCCUUUGAAAUGGUUGCGCGAUGAAGGCUUCUUACAGACAGCGCGGAUCUCUACUUUCGGCUACUAUGCAAAUAUCAGCCCGCGAGGCCCAAAAAACACGUUGACCAUUGCAGAUUUUUCGAAUCAAUUAUUGUCUGAUUUGAAAUUCGCAGUGGAUAUUGAUGAAGAAUACCAAUAUGGAAGCAUUCCAAUAAUUUUCGUCGUCCAUUCCAUGGGAGGGCUUGUGGCUUGCGUUGUCGGUCAACUAGAUACAAAAUUCAACGGAAUUGCUCGGUCCACUUGCAGUAUAUUGUUUCUGGCUACCCCUCAUAAAGGCUCAGAUUGUGCGAACAUCUUAAGCCGUGGGCUCAAGUUUCCGUUGCUGCCGUCGAGGGAAUAUGUUAAGGAACUAGAAGAAGAUGCAAGAGGUUUGAAACAACUUAACCAGGAGUUCCAAAGGAUACCGAACCUUACCAUUGUGUCCUUCUACGAAACAAUUGCUUGCACUUUUGGGCCAUGGCAAAAGACAAUUGUGAAAAGGGAGUCUGCUGUAUCAGGCUACCCCGAAGAAACAGUAAUUUCCUUGGUUGCCGAUCACCGAGGCGUUUGCAAAUUCUCUUCUAAAACUAUUGCCUACCAGGCUGUCUGCUCAGUUCCAGAGUUCCGGAAGAAACUUGCCAAAGUGGCCGAAACGGGGCAUGUGUUGGACCACAACGAUAUGCGGGUAAUCUGGCAGGAGCUAUUUAUCGCCGGACUUUUCAAUAUUAGUGUGCCUAGGGUAUCUUUCUGGGUGAUAGAUGGUUUGGAUGCGUGUGAUACACCAUGGCUGCUCGACCCGUUCAUGGGUUUAAUAUCCUCAUUAUCCUACCCCCUGCGUAUUAUGUUUAUCAGCCGCCCAACCCUCGCACCGUCCCUCAUGGCAAAACUAGUAUCCUCUGAGCAGUCCGACUUUGAACAAAUUCAUAUGCCAGGCGCCGGUAUCAGGGAGUUCACUCAAGAAGAAAUGCAAAAUCUAAGUGUCCUUCAGGAUCCAAACUUGAAGCGAAAAUUGGUGGACAUUAUGCUCCAACGUUCAAAAGGGAACUUCAAGUGGGUCAAUAUGGCGUUGAGAGAGCUCCGUCAAUGUACAAAUGAGGAUCGCCUGAUAGAAAUUCUCGAAGAGUUUAGAGGCGAACCCGCGUUGCAUUAUAGGCGCAUAGACAACGCGCUCGUGGCUGGGCUAAACAGCCGCGAAAAGGAGUUGGGAGCCACAAUUCUCAUGUGGGUAACCUAUUCCAGAAGACAAAUGACCCUGGAAGAGCUGGCAGCCGCUAUAUGUCUUGAAGAAGAAGAUACCAUUGAGAUUCAUCGAAAAAUAUACCGAGUAUGCGGCGAUCUUACUGUUGUUGACAGUAAAGCUAGAGUCAAAAUAUCCGACAAUGUUGCCAUUCAAGAUUUACCUGAGCUCUUAUCCACAACCAGCUUUGCUGCAACUGCACCAGAUGCGCAUGUUACUAUGUUCAGACGUUGCCUCUCAGCUCUCAGAGAUCCAGUGUUGAGAGUCGGAAAGCCAAACCCGAAUAUUCAGCCCUUUCUGGAGUACGCUGCUACAUCCUGGUUUUAUCAUCUAUCGGCAGUGGAUGGAACUGUGAAAGACGGUCACUUUUCCAGAAUGGCAAACUGUUUUCACCCUCUGGUAGAGUUUUUUGACAGUCCAUUUGUACUAAUCUGGGUAUGUUUUCUUGCGUCGAUGCCUCAGCUUCUUGCACUAGAGCAAGCAGCUCAGGCCAUAACCCUGUGCCUCUUCAAGAUGUCUGAAAACAUACCAGAGACAGCCAUCCGUAAUGCAAGUGAGGAAGGAGCCAGGGUGAGGUUGCAAAUGUGGUCAAAAGACCUUGUCAAAAUACUUGGUCGAUUUGGAGACCAACUGAUAUCGCACCCACUCACUAUAUACGAUCUAAUACCACGAUUUUGUCCACCCCGGUCGCGUAUUCAUAGUCAGUUCUGCGCGAACAAUUCAACUUCUGGACUGGAAAUCAAAGGCAUGCCAUUUAAAUCCUGGGAUGAAACUUUCAGCAAAAUUGCCGCUGGAAGGAGCUACAGAGCGGAAAAUAUUGUUUGUGGUGAUAAAUAUUUUGCUCUCUCCACAAAAUCACCGCAAGGUGGUAUUAAAAUAUUUCGCUCUCGUACCUGUGAAGAACUGCUGGAAAUCAGCCAUGGAGAAAGAGUGAUGGCACUACGACUGAGUUUUUCAGGUGAUCUACUGGCGUCGUACGGACGUCACAGCACCAAAGUCUGGGAUCUAGUCACAGGACGCCAAAUUUACAUCGCCCCCAACCCACAGGCCACCAAUAUACUGGCCAUAACUUUCGCGAAGAAAGACAGCAUUCUCCUGGUAUGCACAGAUGAUGGUUUUUUUCGCAGAGCCAGCAUGGAGUCAAAUUCGGGAGGCUGGCAAGUGCUGGACUUCAGGCUCACUGAAGGAAGCCAGUCCAAUCUGGGUCGCUUUGUGGUUCCGCUCACGGCCGCUUUCAACACUGACGGAACUCGGUUGGCUAUAGUAUGCCCGAGAGUAGCUUUAAAGGCCUACAAAGUUGAUCCCAGGAAUGAGAACAGAGUUUAUAAACUUGUGGGAGAGACCGGUCUAACAAAUGUGAUGCAAGUUGAUUGGGCCCCAAUCACUGGCCAUAUAGUUGGGGUCGGCAAUGAUGGCACCGUUUUCAAAUGGCAUCCACAAGAGCAAAGAGCCGAAACAUUUCAAGACUCGGCUGUAGGCGUACGGUGCAGCCCAAACAGUCAAUUUCUCGUUGUUAGCUACGCAAACGGUGCACUAGGAAUACGGGACUUCCAUGACUAUUCAAGUAUCCAUAGCAUCUUCUCUCCAACGACAGUGACGGAAUUUUGCAUUAGUCCAGAUAGCCGGCGAAUAUAUGACUUGCGAGACUCUCACUGUACCGUCUGGGAACCAACCCCACUGACGCAAAACUCCAGCUCUAGGCAUGCGAACUACAAACUAACUAAAAAGGCCUCCCACGACCAAGAAGAAGCUGCUAAAUCGUUCGAGCCCAUAACAGCACUCGCUGUGGGCUGCGUUACGUCGAGAUAUUGUACUGGUGGUCUUGAUGGCAAGAUCAAAGUUUUCGAAAGCGGUAGUUAUGAACAGGAAGUCGACUUAACAAACCUCUCAAUCGAACAUUUGGCUUGGAGCAACGACGAAAAGUUCUUGGCCAUUGGUGACCUAGGCAACUGGCUAAGAAUAUUGUCCAUCGAACACGGAGAGCAAGAGCAUUCUAAGAUACAACUGGUCUUUGAGUCGUCCGUUGGAGAAAGCAUCCACCAAUUCCUAUUUGGUAGGAAUUCGACAGAGCUACUAGUCGUGACUCAAGAGUCAUUUCUUGUUUUUAAACUUGCCAAUGGAUUUCAUCCAACCAGAUGGCGACUCCCGAAGAAAGGUUGCCAAUGGAUCAACCACCCGUGUUACGAGGCCCUACUUGUUGGUUUCAAUCCAGAAGGAGCAAUAGUUGCUCGAUGGGAUAACUUGGGGGAAUAUGACAUCCUGAAUUUCUGUGUGCCAUUGCACAAACCCGGUGAAAACGAACAUUUCUCGCAUGCAAGUGCAACCUCAAUGACUACACAUAUAGUGAGAGCAGUUUUUGCCUCCCAGUUCGAGCCUAAAGUUCUUCUUCAGCUUUAUCACCCAGGAUCGCCGAAUCAGGACAAGGGAAAAUAA